AUGGCCGACAUCCAGAACUUCCAGACCUUCGACGCCUUUGCUGAUGCCAAGGAUGACUCUAGUAUCGGCGGAGGGAAAGUGCACGUGCGAGUGCAGCAGCGAAACGGUCGCAAAUGUCUAACGACGGUGCAGGGACUAGCUGAUGAUUUGGACGUGAAGCGCAUCCUGAAGGCAUUUAAGAAGAAUUUUAGCUGCAAUGGUGCUAUCGUAAAGGACGACGAGCUAGGCGAGAUUAUCCAGCUCUCAGGCGACCAGCGGACUAACAUCCGCGAGUUUCUGUUGGACCAGGAGAUUUGUACGGACGCCCAAGUGGUACUGCACGGUUUCUAA